CAACCUCACUUUUAUACCACCAAUGACUAAAAUCGUCUCGAAUAAUAAUAGAACUGCCGAAAAUAUUAUUUUUAUAAUUUUUUACAUAAAUAUUUUUAUAAAUAAACUUAUUAAAUAUUAAAAAUUAAUUAAUUUAAUAAUAAAAAACAUUGAAAUCGUGUCUUAACUAUAGAUAUUGUAAUAUAAAUCAAACUGUACAGUCGACACUAACAAUAACGUAUUUUUUUUUAUUCAUAUUAAAUUUGUAAAUACGUUUAAUUAAUAUAUAUAUAUUUUAUAAAUUAUUUUAAAAAUAUUAUAUUAUUAUGUCUGAGGAACAAAAAAUUGAUCACCGAGCCAGGAAGCGUAUUAAAGAAGUUAAAAAAAAAGCAAGACCUGAGCUAGCUGAUAAAUCAGCGUGGAAUCAACAUGAGUAUGUUAAAAAAUUUAGUGAAUUUUGGAAGUUUAAGGAUAACAUUGAUCGUAUUGAUGAAUCACUAGUUAGUUGUGAUGAAUUUAUUAAAUUAUAUGAGAAACCCUACAAACCUGUGAUAAUUAAAGGUGUUCAAACUGAUUGGAAAGCCCAAUAUAAAUGGACAAUAGAGAGAUUAGCCAAAAAGUAUCGUAACCAAAAAUUUAAAUGUGGAGAAGACAAUGAGGGAUACAGCGUUAAAAUGAAAAUGAAGUAUUACGUCCAGUAUAUGCGUAACAAUGAUGAUGAUUCGCCGCUUUAUAUAUUUGACAGCUCGUUUGGAGAACAUCCGAGGAGAAAAAAACUUCUUGAAGAUUAUGUUGUACCUAAGUAUUUUCGUGAUGAUUUAUUCCAACAUGCUGGCGAACAUCGCAGACCUCCUUAUCGGUGGUUUGUCAUGGGUCCAGCGAGAUCUGGAACUGGAAUCCACAUUGACCCGUUGGGCACAAGUGCAUGGAAUGCUCUGAUAUCUGGCCACAAACGCUGGUGUCUCUUUCCAACUCACACCCCACGUGAAUUAUUAAAAGUAACGGGUGCUGAGGGUGGAAAACAGCGUGAUGAGGCUAUUACAUGGUUUUCAGUUAUUUAUCCACGAACAAAGUUACCAACGUGGCCACAAGACUGUUUGCCAAUAGAGGUUUUGCAGAAUCCAGGAGACACCGUUUUUGUACCUGGUGGCUGGUGGCACGUCGUCUUAAAUCUUGACGAGACGAUAGCCAUCACCCAAAAUUUUUGUUCCCGUACAAAUUUCCCUGUCGUCUGGCACAAAACUGUACGCGGUAGACCUAAAUUAUCUAGUAAAUGGCUAAAGGUUUUGAUGGAUAAGGAGCCCGAGUUAGCAGCACUGGCAUCAACUAUUGACGUCGAGAAGGAUACAGGAGUUGCAAGUGAUUCUUCUAGUGGAUCUUCCAGUAGUUCAUCCUCCAGCAGUUCUUCCAGUCAGUCUGAAGACAGUGAAGAGGACAGUGGACAAGAAUCUUUGUCCGCACACAAAAAAAAGAAAAGAAGAAAAUUAAACAAUCAGCCCUGACAAUGUCACGUACUUGAAGCCCUCAAUAAGGUUCAACUGUACAGUAUUAAUUCAUUAUUAUUGUUUGUACUGAGAAUAAAUAUUAUAAUUACUAUUGGAACAAUCUAUCUGUUCAUAAUAAAAUGAAUGCUAGAUAUUGCCAAAAUUU